GUCACAAUUGGGGUUCUAUACUGACACGAGUUAUGAACAAGCUAACAACCUCUUUCUUAAACCCUCUAAAACCCCAGACUCAACCCACAGCAACUGCCACCUCUACUACCAGAGCUUUCAACGCUAUCAUCAACCGUCUCUCAUCUCAACACUCACACCAUGAAGUCCUCGCUACAUAUUCCUCUAUGCUCAAAGCCCACAUUGCUCCAGAUACCCACACCUUCCCUAAUCUACUCAAAGCUUGCACCUCACUUAACCUCUCUGGUUACGGCGUCUCGUUUCAUCAGUGCAUUCUGGUUAAUGGGUUUUCUUCAGAUGCUUAUAUUGCCUCUUCAUUGAUUAACUUCUACGCGAAAUUCGGUUACGUCGAGAGUGCGCGGAAGGUGUUCGACGCAAUGCUGGAGAGAAAUGUUGUUCCUUGGACUUCGAUUAUCGGAUGUUAUUCGCGUGGUGGAAGUGUUGGAGUUGCGUUUGGUAUGUUUGGUGAGAUGAGGCGUGAGGGAGUUCAACCCAGUUCAGUUACUCUGCUCAGCUUGCUGUCUGGAGCAUCGGGACUUGCCCAUGUUCAGUGUUUGCAUGGUUGUGCUGUGGUGUAUGGUUUUGAGUCUGAUAUGUCUUUGAUGAACUCAAUGUUGAAUGUGUAUUGUAAAUGUGGGAGAGUUGAAGAUGGUAGAGACUUGUUUGAGUGUAUGAAUCGAAGAGACGCUGUUUCAUGGAACUCACUGAUUUCAGGUUAUGCACAAUGUGGAGAUACAAGAGAAGUGUUCCAGCUAUUAUGUAAGAUGAGGGUUGAAGGAUUGGAACCUGAUAAACAGACUUAUGCGUCUGCCGUGUCUGUGGCUGCGACACAGAGUGAUCUUAGAUUGGGGAAGUCUGUGCAUGGGCAGAUUUUAAGAGCAGGAUUUGAAAUGGAUUCCCAUGUUGAAACGGCGCUUAUUGUUAUGUACUUGAAGUGCAGGAAUAUUGAUCUUGCGUUUCGGAUAUUUGAGAGAACAAUGCAUAAGGAUGUGGUUUUGUGGACAGCUAUGAUUUCAGGGCUUGCGCAAAAUGAUUUUGCAGACAGGGCUAUACUGAUUUUUGGUCAGAUGUUGGAAUCGAGAACAGAACCGUCUAGUGCCACCAUAGCUAGUGCACUGGCAGCUUGUGCACAUCUGGGAUCUUUUGAGCUAGGAACCUCUAUUCACUGUUAUGUGUUAAGGCAUAGAAUGAGACUUGACAUUCCUGCCCAAAACUCCCUCAUUACCAUGUAUGCAAAGUGUGCAUGUUUGGAUCAAAGUCGCAGUGUUUUCCAAAGUAUGAGCAAUAGAGAUUUGGUUUCUUGGAAUGCUAUAGUUGCUGGAUAUGCUCAAAAUGGUCAUCUAUGCGAAGCUCUGGCUCUUUUCUCUGAGAUGAGGGCAACUCUUCAGAAGCCUGAUUCAUUAACUGUGGUCUCCCUUCUCCAAGCUUGUGCUUCUAAUGGGGCUCUCAAUCAAGGAAAGUGGAUCCAUAGCGUUACUAUUAGAAGUUGGCUCAGACCGUGUAUCUUGGUAGACACAGCUCUAGUUGACAUGUACUCAAAAUGCGGUGACUUGGAUAGAGCUCACAAGUGCUUUUUUCAGAUGUCUAACCCGGAUUUGGUGUCGUGGAGCACUAUUAUCUCUGGUUAUGGUUGUCAUGGAAAAGCAGAUACUGCAUUAGAGUUGUAUGCAGAGCUUCUGCAGACCGGAAUCAAACCAAAUCAUGUCAUUUUCCUCUCGAUUCUUUCAGCUUGUAGUCAUAAUGGUCUUGUCGACAAGGGUUUGAGCAUAUACCAGUCAAUGACUGGUGAUUUUGGUAUUGCACCAAGCCUUGAACAUCGAGCUUGCAUUGUCGAUCUUCUCAGUCGAGCUGGAAGGGUGGAAGAGGCAUAUGAUUUCUACAGGAGGGUGUUUGCCGAGCCUGCAGUUGAUGUAUUGGGCAUACUUCUUGAUGCAUGUCGAACCAAGGGCAAUGUGGUUCUCGGGGACGUUAUUGCAGGAGAAAUUUUGAGGCUGAGACCUGUGGAAGCUGGAAAUUACGUGCAAUUGGCACAUACCUUUGCUUCAAUGAACAGAUGGGAUGGCGUUGGUGAAGCAUGGAACCAAAUGAAGUCUCUUGGCUUGAAAAAGCUCCCUGGUUGGAGUUUUAUCGAAUUACAUGGGACUAUAACUACAUUCUAUACAGAUCACAAUUCAAAUCCUCAAAUUGAUGAUAUACUGUCACUAUUGAAUUUUUUGAGCAAUGAAAUGAGGAAAUCAAGCGUCCGCAGUUGGGAUGGCGUUGGAUAA